UCUGCAUCUGUGUCGUACUAAAUCAACAAGGGCCAUUAGUCAUGGACGGCACCUUUAACAACCCAAGUGUGUUCAGCAAAGCAGGAUUCAUCACAAAUGAUGAAGGGCUGAGGAUUGUGAUGGUGGGAAAGACUGGAAACGGAAAAAGUGCCUGUGGAAACACAAUACUGGGUCGAAAGGCUUUUGUGUCAAAGUGCGGUGCUCAGUCUCUGACUGUUCUCUGCAAAAAGGAAGAAGCUUUGCUGGGUGAACAGAAGGUUGCUGUCAUUGACACCCCAGGUCUGUUUGACACUAGAUAUGACGUGGAAAAAACCACCAAAGAUCUGAGUAAGUGCAUCUCCUUUGCUGCUCCUGGACCCCAUGUCUUCCUGGUGGUCGUCAGUGUGAAAAGAUUCACUGAAGAGGAAAAGAAGUCAGUGGAGAUAAUUCAGCAAGUCUUCGGUGAUGCUGCAGACAAAUACAGCAUGGUUCUCUUUACUUGUGGUGAUUUGCUUGAGGGAACCAUUGAAGAAUUUAUUAAAGAAUGUCUAGACCUUCAGCAUCUUGUGGCCAGAUGUAACAACCAGUAUCAUGUCUUCAAUAACAAUGACAAAGAUAAUCAUUCUCAGGUCAAUGAGCUGAUGCAGAAAAUUGGGAACAUAGUGAGGCAAAAUGGAGGAAGUCAUUACACCAACGAGGAUUUGCAAGAGGCAGAAAGAGCAAUAAAGAAGGAGGAACAACGUAUCCUGAAAGAGCAGGAAGACAAAAUACGCAGAGAACAAGAGGAAAUGGAAAGAAAACUAGAGAAACAGGUGAAGAAAAUACAAGAAAUGCAAGCUUUGUGGGAGCAAGAGAAAAAAGAGAGGGAGGAAGAGAGGAAAAAAGAGAAAGGUGAGAGGGAUGAGGAGAGACAGAGGGAAAGGAAGGAGAGAGAGGAAGAGAGAAUGAGAGAGAGAGAAGAAAGAAGCAAAGAGUUGAAUGAACUAAAGGAGCAACUUGCAAGAGUAAAGAACCAGGAAGCAGAAAGGAUUAAAUCCAUUAAUAAGGCUGAGGCGAGAAAGCAAGCUGAGGAAUCCAAUCCUUGGGUUCUAAUUGCAAAGACAAUUCAAAGCCUGUGCAGACCGUCUUGAACAAGUAGUUUACUGUAACUUCUCUUGUAAUAAAAACACAUUAACUCUACAAAUAUACAGUAUUACUUGGGCAAUCAAGAUUGUUUUAUUUCUGGUGCAAUUGAGAUAAAUCAUGUUAGUGAAAUUAGUAAAACUCCCUAUACUCAUCAUUGUUAUAGUAUAAGUUUUGGAUGAUUUGUUUUGAGAAAUGUAUAAUUAUUUCUAUUCUAAAUAAAGUAAUUAGGAACAAAUGUAAUGAAAAUUAUAUAUUUUGCACUUUUCUUUUAUUAGUUCCUUUUUUCCAUGCAUGCGUCUGUCGAGCGGUUGUGGCCUUUGCAGACGUCUGCGUCUGUGCAGGAAGCCCAUCUCUUUCUUGUUGUCUUUGCACCUAGACUCUAACAGUCUGUGGGUGAGGAGCAGGGCGGCCUUUUGUUGAACUAUGUACUUUGCCCCAGUGAAUUUCCUGUUUCCCCCUGAGAACGUGUAGCUUGAGUUUGACUGUAAAUGUCAGCAGCUCUGCCCAUAGGUGUAAUCAUACUAGUAGUUGUUUGUUAGACGCUAGGAUGUGGUGAUGUGUGUAUUAAUACUUGGCGCAGAGACAGACAAUUCAGAUCAUCUUCAAUGAACACUUUGUGCGCACAUUGCCUUGUCUCUCCACACAUUGGUGUUGGUGUUUGCAUGC